AUGAGGCCCCCCUCGACACUGCUUCUUCGCGCCCUGCUGCGCCCUCAGCAGCCCUUGUGUCAAAUCAGAUCGAAAUCGAAUUGGAUGCCCCGGGAGAAAUAUGCAAAGAUUACUCUACUCGAUAAGCUACAUCGCAGACAGAAAGAGGCUUUGCGCAAAGAACAUCAAAGCAGCCAACUGCGCGCCCAGAAAAUGACCGUUCAAUCUCUUCCUGACCCUCCACCGUCGCCAGUGAAGCUCGAGGCCGCAAACCAACCGGGGCCGAGUCCUACAAUAUCUCUGCUCCCUUUCAAAAUCAACCGCACAUCAUCCUCAAACCUUCCCAUCUACGAAAGCUCUAAGGCUGGCGGAAGCAAACACAUCACCUCAAUCCGGAAAAUCACAGGCGACCUGAACGAGCUGGCAGGACGAAUUAGGACGGCGCUCGGUUUGCAGCAGUUUGUCGUGGAUGUGAAGGGGCGGCGUAAAGAGACUGUGGCAAUCAAUUGGACAACAAAGCAAGUGGUUGUGCGCGGAUGGAGAGGGCCCGAGAUCAAGAAGUGGGCGGAACUGAACGGAUUCUAA